AACUCUGAAAAGAGAUUUGGGAGCCAUUGUCCCUUGGCGAAAGCAGGCGAGACAGGGGCAGUGAGGGAGCACUUGUCAACCCAGGGACACCAAAGGCAACACACACAUCAUGAUUUUGGGAGGUAUAAACCGGGCCGGGACGGCGGUGCCAACGUUCUUGCGGACCCCCACGAUGCUCCAGCCCCACCUGGACAUGAAGCCCUUCCUGCAGUUCCCCAUGGAAACCGCCCCUCCUCCACACAGCAUGAGCCUCUUCCACAACUUCAACACGAUGGAUCCGGUGCAGAAGGCCGUGAUCAACCACACCUUUGGAGUUCCUCUGAUCAAAACCAAACGGCCGGUCAUCUCCUGUAACGUCUGCCAGAUCCGCUUCAACUCAGAGAGCCAGGCAGAAGCCCAUUACAAAGGGAACCGGCAUGCCAGGAGAGUCAAAGGCAUCGAGACCUCUAAGAGUCGCCCUCAGGAGGGGGACAAGCCUCAUACCGUGCCCCCCACCUCUUCCCCAUCUCCGCCCGGUGCCCCUGGCACAGCCCCAGACAGUGAGCCCAUCAAAGCAGAUGAAACACGGCCCCUGUCGCAGUUAAACGGCCCCCUGCUGGCCCCAGGGCCCCUGCUGGCUCCAGGGCCCCUUCCACCUCUCACCACCCCUCCGACCCCACCCAUGGACUCCCCUGUGCCCUCGGUGUGCCCCCUCCUGCCCACACCCACUCCUCCCCUGAUCCCUCCUUCCUCAACCUCCCCAGGCUGCGGCACUGGCAGCGCCAGCUCGGAGCAGCCCGGAUCUGGACCCCCGGUCUCAGGAGCUGCCGGCACCACGGCCCCCAGCCCGUCCAAUCCAGAGACAGAGGAGGACAAGGCCAAGAAACUGCUGUACUGCUCACUGUGCAAGGUGGCUGUCAAUUCCUUGUCACAGCUGGAGGCCCACAACAAAGGUACCAAACACAAAACUAUCCUGGAGGCACGAAGCGGGCUGGGCCCCAUCAAGGCAUAUCCUCGCCUGGGCCCCAAGCCCAUUGGAGAGCAGGGAGGGGGGCCGGUGGACCCCAACACUCAGGAACGAACCUUCCACUGUGAGAUCUGCAACGUGCGGGUCAACUCUGAACUGCAACUCAAACAGCACAUAUCAAGUCGAAGGCACCGGGAUGGCAUGGCAGGCAAGCCUAACCCCCUCCUCAGCCGACACAAGAAGCACAGGGGAGCUGAUCUGACGUCUUCUUUGACCUUCUCCAAGGAUCUCACCAAAGCUUUGGGCGCAGGGCUCUUGCCCAGCCCCUUGGCUGUUGCUGCUGCAAUGGCCGCCGCAGCUUCCUCGAACCAGAUGGCUCUACGUGCAGCAGCUCCUGCGCACCACCCGCACCAUCACCUAUUGCAAGGCCCGCCUCUCAGCCACGCCAUCCUGAGACCCGCCCCCGGGCCCAUCCGCACCACCCACGGGCCAAUCCUCUUCUCCCCUUACUGACACAUCACCUUCUGACUCCGGCCAGUCAGGAACAGCCACUCCAAAAGCACACUGUGAAGACACAAACAUGAUCAACAAACAGCAAUUGAUAGGGGGAAAAAAAAUCCAACCAUUUAAAUAUUGAACUGAGAGAAACACGAGGGAAAGGAGUCGAAGUUUAUGUCUUUCCUCCCUUUACCUGAAACUCUCCCUCCAUUUCAAAGACUUCUGCAGAUGGAAUGAGCUGAGGAGAGAUUUUCUCAUUAUGCAUCCAACUCCCUUGUUCAUCUCUCACCUCCCCUGGUCCCUCCCCCUUGCACUGUGGCCCCGUCAUGGCCGCCUCGAUAGCUACAGAAGAAAACUCCUUUCUAGAAACAUUAAACCACAUGUAGUGUUACAUAAUUAUUCUGGGCCAGGUUGGUUUUCUUCUGUCGUCAUGGCUCAACAUGUUCUUCUCAUCCUAUGCACCUCAAAAACCAAGACAAUAAUGUUGUGUCAGUAGGGUAGCUGCUUCAAUCGGUCUUUGCUGUUCGCCACAUGUAGCUGUGGCGGCCUCCGCGGUACUGUACAUGUCCCCUUCUGCGCCAGAGGCCAGCAACUCUUCAAUUUGUGACACUAGGUCCUCGCUAGAUACAACAUGACUUGGGCUGACAGGCAGGUGGUAGCUGCAUCUGAACAUGUCUCAUGGUUGGGGGGGGUGGGGGGGUUUAAGAGAGCAGAAAAGUGACGGUGGGGGAUUGCACUCCCCUGUCACUUCAUGAGACGGUGAGGUGAGAGGAGGGCUGGCACGGGUCAGUGGAUGGAUUGACCCCGGGCAGCAUGCAGACACACACAGGCCAAAACGAAUCUGUUUUAAAAUAGACUGCACCAACAAAAAUCCCCACAGGGCACAUCUGCCAACCUCCAUAUCAGUCAGGGAGAAAGAGGAAAGAAGAUGAGAGAAAGAGGAGAAGUCACACAUUGGUACAUACUGUACUGCUCUAUUUAAUACACGAUCCCUGGCCUCCAAUCCAAUAAUCUGUUCUUUUACUUACAGUAAUGAGAAAGAGGAGGGAGCAGAGUUCAGAUGUAUUUUGUGAGACUACUGCUCACAUUAGGCCAUCACAAAGAGAGUAAUCGACAUCCUUACAUCUCCCCGGUCUUCAUCCUGCAGGCUGAUUCACCGUGUAGGUGUGAUGGUUUGACUUUAAGGUGCAACCCUGUGUACCGAUGUAUUUAUGUCGUUUCUGCAUGCAGCCUCACAAUAAAAUCCUACAGGGUCAGGCUUCUGCAUAACCGGAAUGACCUCUCUCCAUUGCUGCCCUAUCCUCCUCCUCCUCACCUCCCCCAUCUACAGUACAAAGGUUCACACGAGUCUAUAGCAGAGGGCACAUCGACACUGGCAAUCAUAAUGCUCAAAGGGAACAAAUUAAAGAAGAGGAAGAUGAAAGCCAAAUACAUUCUUGGAGAAAUGAUCUUGAGCUGGUUUGACAGCAGAGUCUGAAGCCCAGCGAGGUCACCCAGGGGCAGGGAGCUGAGACUUCCAGCUCAAGGCUUCUACCAAUACUUCCCGUCUUACAACUGAAAGCCAUGAAACGCACCAUGAUUUGGUUUCUUUAACAAAGACUUGGUGAGCACUUUUGUUUUUGUUUGGUUUUGGACUGUUGGUUUGCGUUUAUAUCACACGUAAAAAAGAGCAAAAUAGAAAACACGACAAAAAUAUUUUUGUAGGUAGAAAAUGUUAAUAACUGUAUUCAUGAAGGGAUGAGACGAGUUAUCGAUGGUGGUUAUAUAAGUGUUGACUCAGACAGACAGACAGACAGACCGAAGCUAGCUAAGCAGCAGCAGACGCUUAUUGCUCGACAGCUUGAAAAACCCUUUUCUGAACGAGAUGUACACUGUGCCCUUUCAUUGAGAAGCAAUGAGCUCUAAUGUCUUACCUUUGUCUGAAUAUUGCAAUGCAAUGAGCAAUUUUUAUCAGAGUGACUUGUUAUCAUUG